AUGCUUAAGCAAAGGUACCCUCGACAAAACGGUCUUUUAGAUACGUCAUACCUAAGAGAUAGGAAGACCUGGCUGUCAGUUCCAGAUGAAUUUGUGCAGAUUUUAUGUGUUAACGACUGUCACUGGGCUUGUGUUUCGAAUGUAUUUUCUGAACAAGGAAGUGUUGAUUUAUACGACUCCCUGCAUACCAUCCCCACCGCAUCAGGAUCAAUAGCUCAGCAAGUUUGCACAAUUCUGAAGUCUCAACAGCAUUCUGUGACCAUCAACGUGGUUAAUGUUCAAAAACAGAUAGGAUGUAAUGAUUGUGGACUGUAUGCGAUCGCUAUGGCUGCAGAUUUGUGUUCAAGAAUCGAUCCUUUCAAAAGCAGUUAUGAUCAAUCAAGUAUGCGAAUUCACCUGAAAGAAUGUUUCGAGAGCGAACCACCAACUCUCACCGUAUUUUCAACUAGAAGAGAUAGCAAGGAGAAAAGGCGGCUUGUCCACAGAAAAUCGGUUGAGUUGUUUUGCUUAUGUCGAAGAACGGAGGUUUUGCCGAUGGCUUCCUGCGACACGUGUAACAUGUGGUAUCAUGAAGGCUGCGUUCCGAUUCCUGAUGAUGUGCUGUUAGAUGAAGAUGAUUCCAUCCUCUGGAUAUGCUGCCAGUGUUCUGGUUGUACUGUUUCAGAUGAGCAUACGACGUGUUCUAAGUCUGCUUCUCUGGGCUAUCUCACUGAGCAGCAAGAAGCUAGCACCAGUCUAAGCGCCACGACUAUGUCUGAUGGUGAGGAUGACGUGUCUGGGAUAGAAGUCAAAGAGUCUAAGAGGACACCCAGAAGAGGGGAUACACCAGCGCCCAAGAUUGUAGGAGUCAAAGCUACUGCUGACAAGACAAGAUCUACCUCUACGUCUACACCAGCGCCCAAGAUUGUAGGAGUCAAUGCUACUGCUGACAAGACAAGAUCUACCUCUACGUCUACAAAGGGAAUCACAGAGCCCAAGAGAACGCUAAGAAGAAGGUGUCAAGCAAUGCCCAAGGCUGCAGGUACACUGGGAGUCAAAGAGCCCAAUAUGACAAUCGGAAGAGGGGGUACACCAGCGCCCAAGACUGUAGGAGUCAAAGGUUCAUUGCCCAGUCCCAUUCCAGCUACUCUUGACGAGACUAGAGGUGUUACGUCUGUUAAGAGCGUCAAAGAACCCAAGAGGACUCUCAGAAGAGCAGUGCCCAAGGCUGUAGGCACACUGGGAGUCAAAUCUACUCUUGACGAGACUAGAGGUGUUACGUCUGUUAAGAGCAUCAAAGAACCCAAGAGGACUCUCAGAAGAGCAGUGCCCAAGGCUGUAGGCACACUGGGAGUCAAAUCUACUUCUGCCGAGACGACCACCAAUGGCACAGAUCUUACAUCUGCAAAAGGGUCUAAAAGGCCAGCGCCCAAGGUUGAAGACACUCUGGGAGUCAAAAGAGGGUUCAAAAUGAAACUCAGAGGAGAGAGUAAACCAGCGAGUAAACCAGUACCCAAGGCUGUAAGCACUCUGGAAGUCAAAGCUGCUUCUGACGAGACUAUUUCCGCUGUCCACGGCAUCAAAGAGCCAAAAAAGAGUGUGGAUGAAGGAAAAAAGUGUGGUUUCCGUUUGUAUGAAGUCACAAGAUCUGUUUGGUAGUCAGGUAGAUCUAGAUCAGAGUAAAACACAAAACAUUGAACAUUGGUCAUCAUGAUUGGUGUAUACAUUUUGUUUUAUAUAUAUAGAGUUAG